AAAAAGGUGGCAGCUCGAUGAAGUUUCUCUUUUUUUCAUUUUCCUGCACUUUACUUCACUCCUGUGGAACCAACUAGUAGGUGACACGAUGCGUGAUUUUAUUGCGCAAACUGAAGGUGCAAAGUAAAACGCCCAAGCGAAAUGGGGACAAGGCAAGGAUGUGUCUUCACUUUUAGUGCUUCUUGUGUCAACGUUUCGUUUUUUCCCGCACCCUAAGCAAUACCUACUCCCGUAGUGGACCGAUAUAAACUGCCUUUUUCUCUGUGUGUGAGAGAUCCCAACGGGUUUGUUUUCUCAUUGUAGGACGAUGAGCUAUCGAUUCAGACCCUCACAUCACUGCGGUACACUAACCAAGUACUGUCCGAGACCUUAAGGAUGUAUCCACCAAUCACCUCAUUCACAACACGCUGUGCGGGUGAAGAUUACCAGAGCGGCAAGUAUCUCAUCAAGAAAGGAAUGUCUGUCAUGGUGCCUACAUACCACCUGCAUCAUGAUCCGAUGUACUGGACGGACCCGGAGAAGUUUGAUCCCGAGAGGUUCAGCCCCGAGAACAAGCAUCUCAUAAAUCCGGCCGUAUACCAGCCGUUCGGACUAGGAGUUCGCGUGUGCAUCGGCCAGCGUCUAGCGCUCAUCGAAAUGGCCUCCGUGACGUCGCAGGUGUUGCGUCGCUUCCGGAUAACCCACGGCCCUAGUCAAAAGCCUGAUUUGGAACUCGACACGUACGCCUUUCUGGUGGCACCAAAGGACAAAGUUUGGAUUCAUCUACACAAGUUAAACAGCGCCAAAUAAAUCUGUUUUGUAGCCUA